AUGGCCCUGUGGAUUCAGUGUCUCCCUUUGGCAGUUCUUCUCAUCCUAUUUACACCCACCACUCAAGCCUUAGCCAACCAGCACCUGUGUGGUCCUCACCUUGUAGAAGCCUUGUACUUGGUGUGUGGAGAAAGAGGCUUCUAUUACUACCCUAAGGUCAGACGGGAACUGGAGCAGCCAUUGGUGAACGGACCUCAAGGCAAUGAGCUGGAUGGGAUGCAGCUCCAGUCCCAGGAGUAUCAGAUGAGGAAGAGAGGCAUCGUGGAACAGUGCUGCCAUGGCACAUGCUCAUUGUAUGAACUUGAGAACUACUGCAACUAA